AAUACCUCAGCUUAAGCUUGCAUAAGCCCAGGGAGCCCCGGAGCACCAGAAGGCAGGCUCACGGAACGGGCCUAUCAAGUCCUUCUGGGGCUUCUCGAAUGACAACUGAUACUUAAUAAGACACAAUGUGUUCUGCUGAUUCACAAUUAUGGAGACUGUGUAGCAGGAGAUAGACGAGGGGCCUAGAGAGAAAGUGCGGGCCAAAGGAGAGAUUUGCUGACACCUGUUUCUGAGUCUCUUCUGGCUCCAGAUGAAAUUUAGGAGUGAUUUCUCUAGAUCUAUGAGGCUGGUCCCUGCAGGCAGGUGCCUCAAGCAGUCUGCAACAGAUGCUGGCCACUCACUGGCUCAAAGGUCUACACAUGAAGUCACCUAACUAGGGUGGCUACCACUUCGUGAAGACCUCAUCAACUCGAGGUGGGCCUAAGAUGAGCAUAACCAGUGACGAGGUGAACUUUCUGGUGUAUCGGUAUCUCCAAGAAUCAGGUUUCUCCCACUCAGCCUUCACAUUUGGGAUUGAGAGCCACAUCAGCCAGUCCAACAUCAAUGGGACACUAGUGCCACCAGCUGCCCUCAUCUCCAUCCUGCAGAAGGGCCUGCAGUAUGUGGAGGCUGAGAUCAGCAUCAACGAGGAUGGCACGGUGUUUGACGGCCGCCCCAUAGAGUCCCUGUCCCUGAUCGACGCGGUGAUGCCCGACGUGGUGCAGACGCGGCAGCAGGCGUUCCGGGAGAAACUCGCUCAGCAGCAGGCCAGUGCCUCAGCGGCCGCGGCGGCGGCUACAGCACCAGCAGUAGCAACUACCGCAACAGCCACGACAGCGCCAGCAGCUGCUUCUCAGCAGAACCCUCCGAAGAACGGAGAGGCCACGAUGAACGGGGAAGAGAACGGAGCGCAUGCAAUCAACAACCACUCAAAGCCCAUGGAGAUAGAUGGGGACAUUGAAAUUCCUCCCAGCAAAGCCACCGUCCUUCGGGGCCACGAGUCCGAGGUGUUCAUUUGUGCCUGGAAUCCUGUCAGCGACCUACUAGCCUCUGGGUCCGGUGAUUCCACCGCUCGGAUAUGGAACCUCAAUGAGAACAGCAGUGAGGGCUCCAUGCAGCUCGUGCUGAGGCACUGUAUCCGAGAGGGAGGCCACGACGUCCCGAGCAACAAGGAUGUCACCUCACUGGACUGGAAUAGCGAUGGGACACUGCUGGCUACAGGUUCCUACGACGGUUUUGCGAGAAUAUGGACAGAAGAUGGUAACUUGGCUAGCACCUUAGGCCAGCAUAAAGGACCUAUCUUUGCCUUGAAGUGGAACAAGAAGGGGAAUUACAUUUUGAGUGCUGGUGUAGACAAAACGACAAUAAUUUGGGACGCCCACACAGGAGAAGCCAAGCAGCAGUUUCCUUUUCAUUCAGCCCCGGCUCUCGAUGUGGACUGGCAGAACAACACUACUUUCGCCUCUUGUAGCACAGAUAUGUGUAUUCACGUGUGCAGACUUGGCUGCGACCGCCCAGUCAAAACCUUCCAAGGACACACGAAUGAAGUCAAUGCCAUCAAAUGGGAUCCUUCCGGAAUGUUGCUAGCAUCCUGCUCUGAUGACAUGACAUUAAAAAUCUGGAGUAUGAAGCAGGACACCUGUGUGCAUGACCUUCAGGCCCACAGCAAAGAGAUCUACACCAUCAAGUGGAGCCCCACAGGGCCUGCCACCAGCAACCCAAACGCUAGCAUCAUGUUAGCGAGCGCUUCAUUUGAUUCUACGGUUCGGCUGUGGGAUGUGGAACGAGGCGUCUGCAUCCACACACUGACCAAGCAUCAGGAGCCUGUCUACAGUGUAGCAUUCAGCCCUGAUGGGAAGUAUCUGGCCAGCGGUUCCUUCGACAAGUGCGUGCAUAUCUGGAAUACUCAGAGCGGAAGUCUGGUCCACAGCUACCGAGGCACGGGUGGCAUCUUUGAGGUGUGCUGGAACGCUCGAGGCGACAAAGUGGGUGCCAGCGCUUCCGAUGGCUCUGUGUGUGUUUUAGACCUGCAGAAGUAAACAUAAAAUACAGAGGGGAAAAAAAUUGUAACGGACCAGCAGCGAAUGCAUGGGCAGCUGCACUGUUCCAACUCUCAGCUCCCAAAGCAUUUGAGCAUGACCCACCUGAGAGUGUGCUUUGACAUCAGCUCAUCUCUAGCCACAGAUGUCUGUCUUCUUUCCUAAUCUUCACUCAGAAGUUUAAAAACCAAGCAAACCCAAACGAAUACACAUGGUCAUUAUCAACAGGGGAAAAAAGUCUCCACCUAGGACAUCCUGCCGGGGAAGGAUGAAGCCAUCAGCGGCUUGGUUUGCAUCCACCUCAGACUCUGAUGGCCGACAAGUGUGGGAAAAGCUGUGCUAAAAAAAAAGAAGAAAAAGAGAAAUGUUGUGAGAAACCAAAAGGGGAAAAAACACCUCUCCUGAUGCCCCCCACCCUGUCAAUUUGGACCCUACAGUCACUCUCAUAAAGGGUAUGUGCAGAGGGUGUAUUUGGAGACCAGUGUGUACCCGUGAAUGAUGCACAACUUUGUAAUCCCAGCACCUUCUACUUUCUAGAACCUUCUUUGUUCAGUGGGUUUUCUAUUCGCUGGAACUCUGUCAUCCGCAGGCCUUGGUUUAAGAUGGAAAUGUUUUGAGUUGGUUGUUUCUUCCCUCCCACACCCACCCCAUGCUGUUUUCCUUUGUCUGGUGUGGUCUUGCCCUUCAUGACACCCGCAGCGGACGUGGCCACGUGGACCUGGUGACAAAACCAUGGAUGGACAGCUCCCCCGCUCUGCCCUUCGCUCACACCUGCUCUGUCCCUCUCUCAUGGUCCUUUCACAUCUGAGUUCACAAAGGGCACUUUCGGCGUUCAGUAAGUGCUUUAUGUAAGAAAGCGGGGAGGGGGAGUUUUUACAGGAGAAAAAAAUGACUUAUAAGAGAAAGAGCCUGGAGUAUUUUUGGAAAAAAAAGAUAAUAUUUUUAUGUUAAAACAAUUUUAAAAUCCUGAAGUGACCAUUGGACACAGAGAGCUUUGUGUGAUUCCUAUUUUAGAAACACUGAUGUUUAAGGACAUACAGGUAGUGGGAGGCAGCUUGCCCUUUCCCUCCAGUGGUGUGGAAGGUGGCCGACGGCUGGGUGACGAGCCUAGCCACAGGGGCUGUGCGCUCCUUCCUGUCACACCAACAAAGCCGAAGUGCUAUGAAGUGAUGGGUGCCCUUUUUGAGCAUAACAGGUGUCCCUACUUCCAGGAUGCAUUAGUUCAGUAUGCAGGCCGUUGGGGGUUCAGACAAGCACCAUUUUUAGUGCACCCCAAAAAAACACACAUUCCUCUCUGCCAAGCAUUAGCUGUCCAGUGUCAGCCCAUUGUCCUAAUAUGACUCAUGCAGUCCACCAUGAGGGUUGAAGGCAUGGCAUGUAAGGGGUUCACUAGCCAAUCUGGGCCUAGAUUCCAGGGCUGGGGUCUCACACCCUGAGGGAGUGAAGCCACCACUUCAUCUUCUUGCAUAAAGCGGGCUACCAUGUCCCCUGCUGUCCAUCAGCACAGCAGAGGACAGGUCAGAGCAUGUAGACCCAGCUAGAGAAUGCUGCUACUCAUGCUCCGGAAGUGUAUCCCACUCUCAGCAGCUCUGAUCACCUGGCCACUGGAGCCAGCACACACAGUUUGCAGCCAAGGGCCAUGUGUCACAUUGCCCAACCUUGUCUGCUGCUCUGAGGGAUGCUUCAGUCUCAGUGGCCGAAUGUAACCUUGCAGGCAGAUACAAGUGACCACAAGCCUUGCCCAGCACAUGCCUGGGAAAGGGAGUCGCCCCACAGAGGACUGAGUGGGCCAGAGGCACGAGAUGGAGUUGGCUCUCCUACCCUGACAACACCAAUGCCGUACUUGACCUGUUCUGUCUUUCUCAAACAUAGAUCAUGGAGCCUAGCCAAGUGCACUUUGUCCAUGUGAGGAUCUGCUUUGUUCCUUGUUAUUUUUCUCUUUUUUUAACCUCUCAUUUCCCCUUUAUUUUUUUUUUUCAUUGUAUUUCUUGUCAGAUAUAGAAAUGUUUCUUCCACCACUCACUGAAGUUUUGAAUUCUGGCUUCUGCGGUUUUUAUUGUCUGUGUCAGACAUACAGCCAGAUGUGGUUCUCUGUCAACAUUUUCUAGAUUCUGUUCAACAGCAUUGACUCCCCACCUCAGUUUUGUUCUGUAUCCCUAACCCCCACUCAUCCCUCACACUCUUGGAGAGAAAAAAUAAAUCACCUUGUGUGUCAUAGCUCAUUUAUUUCCAGCGAGAAUCAACAGAUCAUGUUCAGUGUCUUGAAUAAAUUGCUCUAUUUUGAUAUUAGAGAA